GUUAGUCCUCCAUCUUGGCUUAGGCUAACGGAGCUGCUAACGGAGAGUCUCUCCGAAGAGGAUGAGGAGAAGCUGAACGGACCGAACCGCAGCUGAGCUGACUAAACCCGGACUAGCUCAUCGAGACGAACCGCACCACAGGCCAGGAGGCAGACCCGGACUCGCUCUGGUCCCACAAACACGCACACCCGGUCCUGCCGGGCUGUUAUCGGGCUAGCCGGCUAACUUAGCCAGCAAAGAGGAACUGUUGCUCAGGUUCCGUUUGGAUCGAUGUCGGUUAAAAACUGCCGGAAAAGAAGUCGUGCCGAGCCGAACCGGGCCAGAUAACCCUCCAGCCCUGUAGUCGGGACUGGAACCAGUGAUGCCGGGUGGUAACCUGCUCAGGUAAACCCGACCUGAAGUUCAAGCAGCUCAGACAGCUCAGACAGGUGUUCCAGGGCGGAAAGGCGGCUUCAUGACCGAACCUCCCUCACACUGACCCGGGUAACAUGUCCACCAGGACCCCUCUGCCCACUGUCAACGAGCGGGACGCCGAAAAUCAUGCCUCAGCAGAUGACAGGCGUGGUGAGGUGUUGUCCCGCUCCGUUCGCACUGCUCGCUGUAAAAACUCUUCUGCGACCACCGGAGACGAGGCGCCGCACGUUGGAAACUACCGGCUGCUGAAAACCAUUGGGAAGGGAAACUUUGCUAAAGUAAAGCUGGCUCGACACAUCCUGACGGGACGAGAGGUGGCCAUCAAGAUCAUUGAUAAGACCCAGCUGAACCCCACCAGCCUGCAGAAGCUCUUCAGAGAGGUCAAAAUAAUGAAGAUCUUAAAUCACCCCAACAUCGUGAAACUGUUCGAGGUUAUAGAGACAGAGAAGACGCUAUACCUGGUGAUGGAGUACGCCAGCGGAGGUGAAGUAUUUGACUACCUCGUAGCUCAUGGGAGGAUGAAGGAGAAGGAGGCCAGAGCUAAAUUUAGACAGAUUGUGUCUGCAGUUCAGUACUGCCAUCAGAAGCACAUAGUUCACCGUGACCUUAAGGCAGAGAACCUCCUCCUGGAUGCAGACAUGAAUAUUAAAAUAGCAGACUUUGGCUUCAGUAAUGAGUUCACUGUCGGAGGGAAACUGGACACUUUCUGUGGUUCUCCUCCCUACGCUGCUCCUGAACUCUUUCAGGGUAAGAAGUAUGAUGGUCCAGAGGUGGACGUAUGGAGCCUGGGAGUGAUCCUCUAUACUCUGGUCAGUGGAUCUCUGCCGUUUGAUGGACAGAACCUCAAGGAGCUGAGAGAGCGGGUGCUACGAGGUAAAUAUCGUAUUCCUUUCUACAUGUCAACUGACUGUGAGAACCUGCUGAAACGUUUCCUGGUGCUGAACCCGGGGAAAAGGGGAACCCUGGAGCAAAUCAUGAAAGAUCGCUGGAUCAACAGUGGCUCUGAUGAAGAUGAGCUGAAGCCCUUCACAGAUCCAGAGCUGGACAUCAGAGACCAGAAGAGAAUCGACCUGAUGGUGGGGAUGGGUUACUCCAGAGACGAGAUCAACGAUUCACUGGCCAAGAUGAAGUAUGACGACAUCACUGCCACCUACCUGCUGCUGGGACGCAAGACCGCUGAGGUGGAGGUGGGCGACUCGUCCUCCUCUCUGCUCAAGCCACGUCCAUCCAGCAGCAGCCAGUCUCCUGCUCACCUCCUCGCUCAGCGCUCCUCCACCUCCUCCAAACAGAGGAGGUACAGCGACCAAGUCUCCACAGCUGCUCCUCAUCCCAGGAGGAAUCAGGCUGCAGCAUCAGCAGAGGGGGAGGCGAAGCAGGAGGGGGGAGGUCAGAACAAAAAGACCAGUCCUGUGGAGGCGGGCAGUCCUCUGCUGGGGAACGCCAACAACCCCAAUAUGUCUGACAUCCCCGAGCGCAGGAAGGCUUCAGCCACUCCCACUGUUGGAUCGUCCAGCAUGACAAGGAGGAACACGUAUGUUUGCAGUGAGAGGAACUCCACAGAUCGCCACUCUGUGGUCCACAACGGCAAAGAGAACAGCUCAGCGACCACGCCCACUCAGAGGUCUGCAGGUGGAGCCUCCACCCACAGUGUCAGCAGUGGAGCGACCCCUCCUGACCGGCUGCGGUUCCCUCGGGGGACAGCGAGUCGCAGCACCUUCCAUGGAGGUCAACUCCGAGAGAGACGCACUGCCACCUACAACGGCCCCCCUGCCUCCCCCAGCCGGUCGCACGAUGCCACGCCCCUCGCCCAUACACGGGCCAGAGGCUCCACCAACCUGUUCUCCAAGCUGACCUCGAAACUUACACGCAGAGGGGUGUCAGAGGUUGAGAGAAAUGGCAGACCUGAAGGGUCCAGUCGUAACGUGUCAUCUGAUCAGAAGGAGGAGCCCGGUUCUCCUGCUACUCCUCAGCUGAAGGAAUCAAAGCCUCGCUCGCUCAGGUUCACCUGGAGCAUGAAGACCACGUCCUCCAUGGAGCCUCUGGACAUGAUGAGGGAGAUCAGGAAAGUCCUGGAUGCCAACAACUGUGACUACGAGCAACGCGAGCGCUUCCUGCUGCUCUGCGUCCACGGAGACGGACACGCCGACAGCCUCGUCCAGUGGGAGAUGGAGGUGUGCAAGCUGCCCCGCCUCUCGCUCAACGGAGUCCGCUUUAAACGGAUUUCAGGAACAUCCAUCGCCUUCAAGAACAUUGCCUCCAAGAUCGCCGAUGAGCUCAAACUGUAGACACACAGGUACAGAGACAGAUGGAGAGACAGACAGGUGGGGACAGAGAGAGAAAGAUGGAAACAGACAGGAGAGAGACAGGUAGGGACUGAUGGAGGGAGGAAGACGGUGAGAGAAUGGUGAAGGUGGAGAUAGACAGAAAGACACCGGUAUGUAGACAGACAGCUUGUUUGAAAGUUUUCCAGUUUCUUGCGUUGAUUUAAAUAAGCAUCUGCAGGAACUAACAGAGUGAUGAACUGAUUUGGUUGAUAUUUGGUUAAUUGAUUAUCAGUUGAUCAGCAAACAGUAAAAGUGUCCAAACUGAUGUCUUCAAGCAUCUUGUUUUCUCCAAAACAUAAAGACAAGUAGUUUAUUGAGGCAGAAACCAGAGGCUGGAACUGACUUAUUUGAUAUUUUUACUUUAAAAAUGACUUGAAUGAUAAAUUGAUGACUUGAUUAACAGUUAUUGAUUAGUUUUCUGUGUGGCCUGGCUGCUGGCAGGAGUCUUAUGUUGGUUUAAAUAAUCCAUGUCAGUGUAGAGGGAAACUGAUCAGUGUAAACAGUGAUUGGAGAUGAUCAGCAGUGUGCUGCAGCAGAACUUCCUUCACCUUUCUUCUAUUUUUCUGCUCUGUCUGUUGAUUGGACACUAGUAUUGACUGAUUACUGGUUAUUGAUGAUGCAGCCUGCUCUUCUUCUGCUGACGAUGAUGUCACUGUCUGUUUCUCUCUCUGUCUGUACGGGGUUUCCCUCACCUCCUCUAAGCACAACAAACGCACCUCCAUAUAUAAUUUCUGAAUGAAUGGACAUGACUGGUUCCUGCAAAGGAUCAUGGGACUUUAAGUUCAGUGUUGUUAAAAGGAGACACAGGAACUGUUCUGCUGUCAUUUACAUUUGUUUUAUUUUGAGCCUCUGCAGCGGCUGACCUGCAAGUGUUUUGGCCCUGCUCACAGGAGGACAGUGGGCGGCGUCACGUGGAGAGGUUGGUGUGAGUCCAUGUUUGUGUGUAAAUAGUUUCUCACCUUAUUUUCAUGUUGAUUUGUUUUGUACGUGUGAGCAGUCAGCUGGCCAACAGCUGGUUGUGGUUGAUGUUUGUUGACUGGACCUCAGGUUCACCUGUGUCUCAUUAAACAUCUUGAACGCA